GAGGCUAUUUCGUUCAGUUGAAAAUUUUUCGUUCAGUGAGAAGUGUGUUUUUCCUGGUGAGAUUUUCUUGGUUUUCUUCUGAAAAUAUUUAGCUAUAUCAGCAGACAAUAGUUUAAUUCUAACCAGAAGUUGAUCAGCCACGCACCAGAUAAAUAAAAGGAAAACUCGGGAAAUCGUCCAAUGGCCAGCACGAAAAACGCAUACAAAUUGUUUGUGGGAAAUAUUCCGUGGACAGUGAGUAGCAGGGAAUUGCGAAAUUACUUUGCGGAAUUCGGAAGGGUUUUCCAGGCGAACGUGGUUUUUGACAAAAACACCGGACUCUCCCAGGGAUACGGGUUUGUAAGUGUUAACAAGGAAGCCCUGGACAAUGUGGAGAGUAAGCAGCAGCAUGUUCUAGAAGGGUACAAUCUCAAUGUAGAGAAAAGUAGCCAGUAGAAUAUUGUAAAAUCCCCCGCAAAAAAAACAAUUAAGUAGUUCCGGGAGUUUUUUAUUUUGUGAAUAUGAGUGACUUGGACUUUUCCGAUGAGGAGGGUGGGGAAUUGGGAAAGACCUUUAGUGUAGCAGCAAGGUAUGUAGCAGGGAAUGUGGAUAAAUUUGACGAAGGAGAGCUCCUAGAGCUCUAUGGUUGGUACAAACAAUCAACGUCCGGGAAUUGUGAGGGAAAUCGUCCGGGAAUUUUUCAACUGGCCAAAAGAGCCAAGUGGGAUGCAUGGAACAAAGUGAGAUUUACGCCACAGGAUCAAGCCAUGGAGAAGUACAUAGAAUUAGUUAAGAUUAAAUGUCCAGAACUGACAAGUUCCACAGAAACUGCCACAAAUUCCUGGGUAUCCGUGUCUACGCUCAAGCCUGACCACGAUGACAUCCUGGAGGAGGACAAAACAAUUUUUGACCAUGUGCAGGAGCAGAACUUUGAGAAAUUCAUUCAGGCACUGGGCGAUUGUCCAGAUGUCAAUGAACUGGAUGACAAUGGUUUGAGUUUGAUUCACUGGGCAGCUGAUCGUGGUCAAGAUGACAUGUUGCGUUUACUCCUAAAACGUCCCGAAGUCAAUGUGAACGUCCUGGAUGAGGAUGGUCAAACCCCAUUGCACUAUGCUGCCUUCUGUGGCCAUCAAAAAUGCGCAGAAGUUCUUCUGGACGCUGGAGCGGACACGAAAAUCAAAGAUGGCCAGGGACAAACCUGCUUCGAUGUCGCAUACAGUGAUGCCAUUCGCAGUCUCCUCACCAAAUAAAUCAAAUACAUCUCUUGUAAUUUGUCGUAUAUUUCACAGCUAAAAGAAUACAAUUCUGUAGAAAAAAUCACUUGAUUUUGUCAAUUUAAUGUUUUAUGGCAACAUUUGUCAAUGACUCCCUCUAACACUUCCGGCAGACCUGCCCUAGCUCGAAUCGGCACUCUCUUCGCGUUGCUUCUUCGUGAACGAAAGGAAUACCUGCUCCAGGCUCGUCUGACUCAGGGAAUAACUCUCAAUUUUGAGGUUCUCCUUGGCAUUCUCCAUGAGACCAAACAUUGUGGACCACGUGAGAUUUGUGGUGGGAAUAUAGUACGUCAAUCUGCCUUGAUGUGCUUCCCUGAAAAUUCAAUUUUGAAAAAUAAAAAUCCUCAGUUCAUCCUUAAUGACAAUCCUUAAGAAUCUUUACCUGAGUAUCGCGGUUGUAAAAUGCCUCAAAACGUAAUCCUUAAUCUUCUGAAUAGCUUCCCUAAUCUCACCUUCUGGAUUGUCAAUGUCAGAAGAUGCAGAAGAUCCACUAGCUUCCUCCAAAACUGAAAAACUGGGAAAGAUAUAAGAAAACUAAUUAGAAACUCUCCCAGAAAGUUCUUCUGCUCAAGAAGCCUCUUUGUUUGCGAUGAAAACGAGAAAGUUUAUUUAUGCUUCAUGUCCCACUUCCGGCGUGUACCUCUCGUGACUGUCUCCUCUUUUGUGUUGAAUUUCUGAAGAUGAAAAUUGAUUUUUUCCAGAGAAAGAGGAAAAAGGGUAAGUGUCUAUUUUCACUCUAAUUAGAAAAUUCAGAUCAUUUUCUUUUUGAAAUCCAAUAAGAAUUAUAAAAUAUUAAAUAAGAAAAAAUCUGUUUAAGCAAAACAAUUAAAGAUAUUAACUUAGGGUCGUCACAGAUUGCUCAAUUUUAUAGGCGUGGUAAUGCUUUCUUCUCAAAGAGGAUAUAAAAAAAAUUAAUACGUCUGAGAUUUACAAUAUUCCUCACAAAUUUUAAUCACCUUUUAAAUAGACUCAAUUUUUGAUUUUUUUUUUUUUUGGAUAUUUGAUAUUUAUUUCUCUCAAACAGAUAGGGUCCGCCCCUCUUACAUUGUUUGAUAAAAAAGAAAAAAAAGAGUGAAAAGAGCAAAAUUACAUUCUUAUUACAUAAAAUGAAGAAUGAGCAAAAGAGAAAAGAAAAAAAGGGAAAGUACCAAAGAAAAAAAAAUAG